AUGGUGUCUUUGAGCGAUAUACAACCGUUAUUGCAUACUGCUAGAUUGUUCGGAUGUGGAUAUUACAUCGUCAGCGAGGACGAUAUUGUAACGAUGAAACACGGUGCAUUUUACUCGGUUUUAUCCGCGUUUCUGUACGCGAGUCUCUGCGUGGCAAAUUUUUAUAUGCUCCGAAUGGAUGAUAUACUGAGCCCGAGACUACUGAUACUUACCGUAGUGAGAACGGGCCUGUCAUAUGCUUGCGUCUUCAGCGAUAUCGCCAUGACGUUGCGGUACAAUUGGAAGAUACGAGCCGCGCUCUCGCACUUACGUAUUUUUGACCGAGCGACUAAAUAUAAGGAGCUGAAAAACUCUCACAGAAUGCGUUACUUCUGUUGGGCUUUAUCCUUCGUUAUUUUAUUGUUUUGGUCAAUAGUCGGGUACAUAACAUUUUGCGUCGAGCCCAAAGAUUCUGUGUUCAAUGGUGUAACUUAUGCCAUUGUUAAUGCGACGCUGUCGAUGCAACUGAUGACAUUCGUCGGCUUGUCAUCCCUUCUAUAUGGGAGAUUUCGCAGUCUUUGUGAAAUAUUACUGAUGCCUGAAGAUGGCAAAAUCAUGGUGGUGAAUCGAUCGAGCAGACAGUUUCGCCUGCAAGAGGUGUGGUGGUUGCACUCGUGUCUCGCCAACGCGACCGAGAUGAUAAACUCUGUGUAUGCGCUGCAGCUUCUGCUAUGGAUUUCCAGUAUGUCCUUCAACACCCUGACGCGCAUCUACACGAUCAAUGAGAGCGAAGCGAUACCUCUGCUAAUGAUGAGAGAGGUGUUGCUGGUGUCUGCUUGCGUGACAAACUUACUUAUCAUCACUAUUAUCUGCCAUGCGACCGCGACUCAGGCUAAUCGCGUCGGCAAGAUCACCUUCACGCCAUCAUCGGCUAUCCUCACGAAGCGAAAUUUUAUGCAGGAUUGCAGUGUGGAAGCUGUAACGUACUUUCAGUUACAUCAAGUGCACUUCUUCGCCUUUUUCGGAAUUAUACGCAUCGAUCUUCCGUUGCUUCUUUCGAUAGCUUCUGGUAUAACUACAUAUCUGGUAAUUCUUCAUAGCGCUAACACCUAG